AUCUCAGUGACAUUGAGGUGUAAGAUGACACCUGUCGCCACACAUCCAGUUUAGAGCUGUUCUGUCAUUCGCCUGUAGCCUUUUUUCUGUCCAUCUGUUCCUACAAGACCACGAGGAUGGAGGAUCUGGCUGUUAUGAAGUUGUUGGAGUGUCCUUUGUGUAUGGAGCCGUUGGACGUGUCUGCAAAGGUCUUGCCAUGCCAGCACACGUUCUGUAAAUCAUGCCUUCAGCAGCAGGAGACAUCACACCCUCAUCAGUUGUGCUGCCCAGAGUGCAGAGCUGCUGUUCCAGGAUCAGUGGAGGAGCUUCCCACUAACCCGUUGCUGCUAAGACUCUUAGAGAGCCUCCACGAAUGGGGUCCAUUGAGCACAACGAGGGACAGAGCCGUCCGAUAUGUGAGCUCUCCGGCUCAGGAGGACCAUUUCAGCAGUUACAUUCAAGAUCUGCCCAAACAGGAGCAGAACACCCAGGGGGGUAAUGCACCAGGGGAGAUCACAAUGAAGUCAGGUGACAUCAUUUAUCUGCGGUGGAGAGUAGAUGAUAACUGGUAUUAUGGAGAAGGCAAAGAGAGCAGCGGUUUGGUUCCAGUCAAUGUGUUGCGGGUCAUGAGUGAGCAGCCUCAGCCUCUGGCCCUCUGCAGAGCUCUUUAUGACUUCAAUGCUAAUAAUCUGGACCGAGAGAACAGCAAGGAAUGCUUAACCUUCUUCAAGGUUCAUCUCUAUACUUUAUAG